UCGGUACUCGGCACUUGACGAACGCUAAACCAGUCGACGAUUGGAUACGCCGCCAAGCACACCGGAGCUCAGCUCGUGUGACUUAUCUGACGAAUCGCGACGCCCGGACGCAAAUUUUACCGCGUCUGCGAUUUUAGUGCCGUUGCUCUCUUAAGUGGUGCAACUUAUAGUGUUUCGAAGUGUUUUUCGGAUACAGAACGCCCAAGGGGAUGGACAGCGGCUUGAAGUGGCCGUUGUAACCUCGGUCGUUAGGGGACCUGGGUGGUACCCUCUUCGUAACCGAUCUACCUGCCGACUUAACCUACCGUAACCCGCAAAAAAAGUAAACAACCGCAGCGAAGAACUCGUAUAUAUGUGGUGGCAAGUGUUGAGAACCGAGUGAAGUGUAUACGUACGUACGGUUCAGUGAACGCCGUGGCAGUGCUUGUCUGCCACGAUGAAACUUUAAAUGUUGAAAUAGACGCGAUGACCAGCGAGACGCAGAAGAACCGACCAGGAAGCGGUCUCAGCCUCAGUGUUUUAGAUCUGGCGGCGAUCAGGAGGCUACUGGACACGGAGAACGCUCCAGGUACUUGCCCCAGCUGCGAUAUGCCGUUCGAUAAGGGCAAGAAACGAAGACUGAUCGACAACUGCGGCCACGAGCGAUGCUACUCCUGCAUGUUUACCAACGAGAGUUGCCCGUUGUGCACUCUGAACGCGUCACAAACAGAUGGAUCCACUUUAAAGAACAUCGCAUGUAACGCAUUGAGAGGAUCUGAAAUAACGCUCUAUGGAGAGGUCACGCCGGUGACCGAGAAAGGCAACAAAAUGCAACCCCGAACCAAAGUUAAGACGAAUGGACACUUCACCAAUUUUAUGCAGGGGAGACAAGAGCAACCUGCAUCCCAAGCGGAAGUGGGCCAUCCUGAAAAACUUCCGAAGACGCGUCCUUCGAAUGCCAGAGCUCGCAUCGAGCAAAAUGCCAUGACCCAAAGCUGCCCCACACCUCCCCAGACCAGAAGAAAAUUCUUCCUCAGCCCUCGAGCUAUUAGAAACCCGUUCGUAGGGCGGAAUUGGAGGCAGCAAGGAGAUGCGGCCCUGUCAGCUUCGAUGACGUCUUCGACAACGUCCACCGAGGGACGCCACUGGCCGAGCGUCGUAUUAGGAAAAAUUCGUUCGUUGUGGACCGCGGGCCAGAACAGCGCCAGUUCUGGCCUUAAUCAGCUAGUAGCAGAUGACGAAGCUCAAAUGAAAUCAUCGCCAGCUAAAAAGUCUUCGGAACAUGAUAUGUACAUGCGACUGGGUCUGUUGCUGGGCGACGGUGCCAGAAGAACCAAACCCAAUCCAGUAUGCAGCCACGAUUCUUGCGCCUCACUCACCAACUACGAAACCAGCACCAUGAUGUCGACGAAUACCAGCCCCGUAUCUACGCUAACUGGCAGUUCGGAAGAUCCCCAUAGGACUAAUCCUAGUUCCGAUAGCGUAGCAUCCCUCAUGUCUAUGUCAAUGUCCGGUCAAAGCAAUUGCAGCACGAGCCCCAUCAGCAGAAGGCACAGUGUUACUACCUCUCAGCCUGGCCAGGUGGAGGAUCUCAACUUGUUCAGAGACAGGCGGACGUGCAUUAGGAGAUCAGCUAGAACCACACCGAUCAAAGGGACAGUGGAUCCAAAGAUACGGUUCGCCCAGUACAGAAGCCCCCAACUCACUCUGAAACCGUUAUUCUUUGAGGUUCCUCUACAAGAACCCGAUCCUCUAUUUCUGGGACGGCACUGGCUAUUCAAAGAAAUGGAAGAUAUAAUAGCUUCAUCAAGUACAGGAAUCCUCAUCACCGGAAAUCCUGGAACUGGAAAAACCGCCCUCGUUCUCCAAAUUGUAGAAUAUAGUUGUUUUGGCAGGCGGAAGGAACCUGUUUACCAAUCAGUUCACUCGCCAGAGCGCAGCUCCCAAACCGUCUACUACCAGAUUGACCUCGUGUCUGAGAAAAUAAAGCAGAUUGCGAGCUCGGUUGUGGCCUACCACUUCUGUCAAGCCGAUAACAACAACACUUGCCUGGUACCUGAUUUCAUACAUUCUCUGGCCGCGCAACUCUGCCAGGCGCCUCAAUUGACAGCUUAUAGAGAGCUGUUAUUGAACGAGCCUCACCUCCAAGCAGUUUUGUCGUUAAAAGAGUGCAUAGUAAAUCCGGAUAUGGCGUUUACGCGAGGCAUUCUAGAACCCCUUGCCAGCUUAAGACGUAUCGGCAAGAUAGAGAAUAGCAAUUGUGCAAUAUUGGUCGACGGUUUGUGCGAAGCGGAAUACCACAGGCCCGACCACGGUGACACCAUUACAACAUUCCUGGCAAAACACAUGCCGAACUUCCCUACCUGGUUAAAAGUCAUCGCGACAGUUCGGACCCAAUUGCAAGAACUCACCAAGCAAUUACCAUACACGAGGAUAAGUUUGGAUAGUAACGCCAGCAACGAAAAUAUACAGAAAGAUAUCUUGAGCUACAUUAGCUUUCGCCUGCAAAAUAGCCCAAGUAUCCAAAACAAUAUAACCUUAUCCAUCAACGGAAAGCAGGAAAGUGGGAGCGUCUCUCAACACAAAUUCUCGCAACAUCUUUUGAAUUUGUCUGAAGGGUCAUUUUUAUUUGCCAAACUCACUUUAGAUUUGCUCGAACGCGGGCAGUUGGUGGCAAAAUCUUCAGGAUAUAAAGUACUUCCUGUAACGUUGUCGCAGAUAUAUCUGCUACAUUUCAACCUUCGAUUUCCAACUAUUCGUUCGUUCGAAAAAGUAACCCAGAUCCUCAGCAUAUGCUUAGCUGCUUUAUAUCCCCUUACUCUAUUGGAAAUCUACUAUUCCGUGAACGCGUUGUUUGUCAACAACUUUCUAUCAUGGAAAGACUUCCUUCAACGGUUCAAACUUCUUUCCGGAUUCCUGGUAAAGAGGCUAGACAACACCUACAUGUUUUUCCAUCCGUCGUUUAGGGAAUGGUUGAUCCGCCGAGAUGAAAACGAAGCCACGAAAUUCUUGUGCGACCUUAGAGCAGGACACUCGGGAAUCGCCUUCAGAUUAUCCAGAGUCCAGACGCCAUUGGAUGCAGAGAAAACACUCGAACUAGGCCAUCACAUACUUAAGGCUCACGUCUAUCGAAACAUGACCCUAUCGAGCGUAAGCUCCAGGGAUUUGCAGGCAUAUUGGGUCAACGAAAGUUCGGAAAACGUUUCAGCCGCGAUUUGCCAAUUACGAAAUAUCUACAGUCCGAAUGUCAAAGUGUCGCGGCUUCUUUUGUUAGCCGGUGCGUCAGCUGAUUAUAUUACAGAUUACCUUGGCAAAGCGCCCGUACUAUGUUUGUACGCAAACGAGGGCAACGUUCCGAUGGUAUCGCUUCUUUUGGAGUUUGGGGCGGAUGUAGAGCUGACAAACAAUCAAGGAUGCACGGCGCUAUCUCUGGCAUCUGCCAAAGGUCAUUGUGACGUAGUAAGGCAACUGAUUGCUGCUGGCGCCAGUCCGGGUCACGCUGACGCCGUCGGGUACUGCCCCUUAGUCCACGCAGCUCGAAACGGUUGUUUGAACGUGGUGGGGUAUCUACUGGCUUGUGAUUGGAUCUUGAAAAAUCCAGAAGACGUCGAACUUGCAGAAGCGGCCCAACAAGCUCUAAUCGCGGCUGCCGGUCAAGGCCAUGCUGAGAUUGUCGAAUAUUUACUGGAUAUGGCCGAAGUUAACGCAGACGUUGCGGACACAAUAAGUGGAGAGACUGCGCUCACGGUUGCCGCUGCAAAUGGCUGUCACGCGGUAUGCUCCGCUUUAAUUAGCAGAGGUGCCAGUAUUUCGGUAACCAAUAAGAAGGAUCUCGCCCCCCUUUUAAUAGCAGUCAAAGAGGGACACUGGGCUGUAGCCGAAAGAUUAAUACAAAAUCAUGCGGCUGUAGAGCAGGUAGACAAUGUGGGAAGGACUCCCUUAAUGCUUGCAGCCUCCGAAGGUCAUAUCGGCGUUAUAGAUCUUCUCCUCGAUAAAGGCUCAGAUAUUAACAGAGAAGACAAGGAAGGAAUGACGGCGCUGUGUUGGGCCUGCCUUAGAGGCAAAAUCCAGGCAGCUCAAAGUUUGAUCGAGAGAGGCGCAAAUAUCAACCACACCGACAAAACUGGUCGGACUCCUUUGGAUUUGGCUGCGUUCCAGGGAAAUCCUACCUUGGUGCAGUUUCUGCUCGACAGAGGAGCCGUAAUUGAACAUGUCGACGUAAACGGAAUGAGGCCGCUCGACAGAGCCAUAGGCUGCAGGAAUAUACAGGUGGUUCAAUGUUUCCUCAAGAAGGGCGCCAAAUUGGGACCAGCAACGUGGGCCAUGGCAGCGGGCAAACCAGAAAUAAUGCUCAUUCUUCUCAAUAAGCUUCUGGAAGACGGCAACAUCUUGUACAGAAAGAGCAGAUUGAGAGAAGCGGCUCACAGAUAUCAGUACGCGCUGAAAAAAUUUCCCAACGACGACCAAGACGAACAUAACCAAGCAUUCCACCAGCUCCAAAUCAAUUUCCUGCUAAACUAUUCGAGAUGCAAGAGGAAACUCAAUGAACCCGAAGAGGCGAUCGAAUUGGCAAUGGACGCACUGGAGAUGAAACCCGACUCUUACGAAGCGUUUUACGCCCUAGCGAAAGCCAAGUUUGACUUGAGACAUUACGACGAAGCACUUCAUGACAUCGUCGAGGCUCAAAAACUGGCUCCUGUCCAAAACGCGGAAGUCAAGAAGGUGUUGGCGUAUUUACAAGAGGAGAUUGGGAAUAAGAUGACGCCAAUGGCACGGAUAUCGGGCCACCGGAAUUUCACCGCCUCCGUCGACACGUUACACGAAUGAUUUCGGAAAAGACUGAACGAAAAGCGUUGUGAAUACUAGAGAAAUAAGCGAAUUUUGUAAAUAUGUAAGUUUUUUAAUUUAUUUUCUGGGUUCUCAUCAUUCCCUAUAGCUUUCGUAGCGAACAAGCUUUCGUUUUAAUGUGACUAAGCGUAAAAUGCACUUAUAUAGGUUACAAUAUAGGUUUUACAAUAAUCGCUUGAUAUUUGUUCAACAUAUAGUAGGGUGUUAAUGUUUUUUAUAUUAAAUUUCGAUGGUUAUAUAUCGUUUUAAAGUCGAAAACGAAUAUAUGAAUUGAGGUGUUCCUAGCUUUUGUAUUCUCUAUAAUCGAUUUUAUAUUUUUCAAACGAUGACAUAAAUAUAGCCGCAGCAACAAUGCAACAUUUUGUAGAUUUAUUGUUUUAUUUGUGAUUUGUUAUUUAUAUUUUACCUAUUAUCGGAAAAAAUCAUAUAUCGCAUUGAAAAGCUAAUAAUCUAUUGUAUAAAUUUUAUUUCGUGUAUUUAAUUUAUUGAAAAACAUUUAGAAAAUUAUUCAUUUCUUGCCAAGCAUUUUUUUUGUUGCAGUAUUUUUUUAAUUUAUUAUCGACAGUUUGACUGUUUUGGUGGUGAAAUUUAUGUUUAAGAAUGAAUUUGUAAUUUUGAAAACCGAAAAUGUUAUCGGAAAUUUUGAACAAAGAGAGAAAAAUAAAGGAUUAUGCGUCAUUUUUCGUUUCACUGAACCUUUCAUAAAACCAUUUGGUAUCGAGAGUACCGCAAAUAAGUAAUACUGUAAAUAUACAUAUUUUAUGAGAAAAAUAAAUUUUAUUUCCUGUAUUUAAUUUAUUGAAAAACAUUUAGAAAAUUAUUCAUUUCUUGCCAAGCAUUUUUUUGUUGCAGUAUUUUUUUAAUUUAUUAUCGACAGUUUGACUGUUUUGGUGGUGAAAUUUAUGGUUAAGAAUGAAUUUGUAAUUUUGAAAACCGAAAAUGUUAUCAGAAAUUUUGAACAAAGAGAGAAAAAUAAAGGAUUAUGCGUCAUUUUUCGUUUCACUGAACCUUUCAUAAAACCAUUUGGUAUCGAGAGU